CAACGAACGUGUUGUGUUAUCGAUAAACUCGUCCUUUUUUUAUUCACCCCUCUACCUCCGAUACUUAACACCACACCCACCUUUCCCUUUUUCACCCUUUGACCUUAGUAGUUUCUCGCUGAAGAAUGAACGAUAGCAUCCGCUCACAACUCGAAUGGUCUUCGACUCUCAGCACGGUCAACGCCCCCAUUCCGGACGAAACAACCAAAUUUCACCGGAAAACCUCGAUCAUUGCCACUAUCGGCCCCAAGGUCAACAGCGUCGAAAAACUUGCUGAAUUGAGACGUGCUGGUGUCAAUGUUGUUCGAAUGAACUUCUCCCAUGGCUCUUAUGAAUACCACCAAAGUGUCAUUGAUAACACAAGGAAGAUGAUUCAAUCCGAGCCGGAAGGCAGACCGGUUGCUAUCGCUCUCGAUACUAAAGGACCAGAAAUCCGUACGGGUGUCAUGAGAGAUGGAGCUGAUAUCAAAGUCACCGCUGGCCACGAGUUUAUCAUCUCCACCGACUCAAAGUAUAGUGAAAUCUGUGACGACAAAAUCAUGUUCAUGGACUACAAAAACCUUCCCAAGGUGACUGCGCCCGGUAAACUGAUAUAUGUUGAUGAUGGUAUUCUCUCCCUUCUGGUUCUAUCGAUUGACGGAGACGCCGUACGCGUUCGCACUCUGAACAACGGUACACUUUCUUCACGUAAGGGUGUCAAUCUUCCUAAAACCGAAGUCGACCUCCCCGCACUUUCCGAGAAGGACAAGAAGGACCUUCAAUUCGGUGUUAAGAAUGGAGUCGAUAUGGUCUUUGCUUCAUUUAUUCGACGUGGUCAAGAUGUUAAAGACAUUCGUACUGUUCUUGGACCCGAUGGCGCUAGCAUUAAAAUUAUCGUCAAGAUUGAAAACGAGCAGGGUGUAGCCAAUUUUGAUGAGAUUCUGAGAGAUGCCGAUGGUGUCAUGGUUGCUCGUGGUGACCUUGGUAUUGAAAUCCCUGCUAGUCAAGUUUUUCUUGCACAAAAGAUGAUGAUUGCCAAGUGCAACAUCGUUGGAAAGCCCGUCAUCGUUGCUACUCAAAUGCUCGAGUCCAUGACGUAUAACCCCAGGCCGACCCGUGCUGAAGUUAGCGAUGUCGCAAACGCUGUUCUUGAUGGCGCUGACUGUGUCAUGUUAUCUGGAGAGACCGCUAAAGGAGCGUAUCCUAUCCAAUCCGUCCUCAUGAUGGCUGAAACCUGCUUGCUCGCGGAACAUGCCAUUUGUUACCCGCCACUUUACGAUGAGAUCCGUGCCAUCCAACCACGCCCUACCGAAACCGCAGAGACUGUUGCUAUCGCAGCCGUCGCCGCCGCUUCAGAGCAAGGUGCUACUGCUAUUCUGGUGCUCUCAACUAGCGGCAACACUGCUCGUCUUAUUUCCAAGUAUCGCCCGAAAGUUCCUAUCUUGACGGUCACCCGCAAUCAACAGACAGCCCGUCAGAUUCACUUGCACCGUGGUUGCUAUCCAUUCUGGUAUCCUGAGGCCCGAGGCAUUGCUAGCCACCAAUGGCAGAAGGAUGUUGACAACCGAAUUCGAUUCGGUUUGCGGAGUGCUUUGGAUUUGAACAUUGUCUCCAAAGGUUCGACUAUCAUUGCUGUUCAAGGGUGGAAGGGUGGUCUGGGACACACAAACACCUUGCGUAUCUUGAGUGUACCGACGGAACCUGCCGACUUUGAACUGCAACCACUCGGAGCUUAGAAUUCAGAGAGUACUUGCAGGAAAAUAAAAGGGUAUUUUUGUACAUAGCUCAGUACAACGUAUAGAUUUCUCUUUCUCACAAUCCCACGACGUAAGCUCC